AUGGGUUUGGCAGCGCCUCGCAAGCGAACAAAGCUAUCGCAUGACCCAAACAACGUAAAUUGGUCCCGAUCGACGAGUGGCUUCGGGCAUAAGAUUCUCAGUUCCCAAGGAUGGACUCCAGGGAGUCUUUUAGGCGCUCGGAAUGCUGCGCAUGCUGAUAUGCUCACUCCUGCCAGCGCAUCUCACAUCAGAGUCACUGUGAAAGAUGACACUCUGGGUUUAGGCGCCCGGCCUAAGCUUCUGGAUGAGCCAACUGGUCUUGAUGCUUUCAAAGGACUACUAGGCCGACUAAACGGGAAGUCAGACGUCGAAUUGGAGAAAGAGCAACGGAGACGUGAUGACAUCAAACUGGCCCGCUAUGCAGCAACGAAAUGGCAAGCCGUCAGGUUCGUUCGUGGCGGUCUAUUGGUCCAGGAGAAGACCGACGCUGCUACCACCAAGUCUCCUGAAAACGGUGAUCGAGAAUUGAACUGCUCAGAAGAAUCUACGAAUGAAAAGGGCAAUGGAACAAACAAUGACGCUUCUGCCUCAGUACCUAACAGGGGUUUAAAGAGUAACGAGAAGGAGAAAGAAGAGAAAAAAGAGAAGAAGGAGAAAAAGGAGAAAAAGGAGAAGAAGAGAAAGGAAAAGAAGGAUAAAAAGGAGAAGGAGAACUCACAAGUAGACGAGAAAGACAAAUCACAAAGAAAACGGGAUAAAAAAGCUAAGAAGAGGAAGCACAGCGAGGACAGCGAGGAUCUUGAUUCAGGAACGACAACCAGGGAUGCCGUCAUGAUGGAAGCGAAUGUUGCUGCGGGGGGAAUGGAGGCAUCAUCAGUGACUGCACCGACCUCAACGUCGAAGAAAGGGCGCGUUCCACUGGGCAGGAAUGUUACUAGGGCGCGGCAUAUCGCACAGAAAAAGAGGGCACUCUUGGAUGACAAGUCCCUUAAUGAGAUUUUUAUGGUUAAGUCCUAG